UUCUACUUUUGAUUCUCAGUCAAAUGUCAUCUCAAGAAUACAUGCAUUCAAACAGACUUAGUUUAUAUAGUUAGCUAAACUAAACAAGACAUUCGACUCAUUUUUUAAUUUCAUAAUACAAAUACUCUAAUAACACAAUAAACCAUAUUAAAAAUGCAAAGAAUUUUAUCUGUGUUAAGGUUUCAAGUCAGGGAUAAGUUGAAUAAAGUACUUUACCAGUCGCGUACUACAACUCCGUUGUGCCAGCAGUUGAGUACAACAUCAGAGGGUCAGGCAUCAGGGGAUCUCACGUCUGGGGAGCAGCACAUCAAGAAGAAGCUAGAGAAAUCUUUUCCUGAUGCCACAGAAAUACAAGUGGCUGAUGUUUCAGGUGGCUGUGGCGCUAUGUACCAGAUUUCUAUAGAGUCUCCACAAUUUAAAGGAUUACCCACAAUAAAACAGCAUCGGCUUGUUAACCAGGCCUUGGCUGAUGAAAUCAAAUCUAUGCAUGGACUACAGCUGACGACCCGGGCCCCAGACACAGAUAAGCAAUAGGAAAUAUAAUUAAUGAAUAAUUAAUUAACAGUUUUUGUUAAUGAUAUUUUGUUUUUAAUGUGUUGUAAACUUAGCAUAAAUUAUAAGGGGGAGACUUUACACUAUCAAGGGAAACAACCUAAACAAUAUGAGACUAAAUAAUUGUUUUGAUAGCUUCCCCUAGAAUCAAUUACUAAUACGAACUUGAAAUCCUUUUAUCCCAAGGAAGAGAAUUUUUUUUUACAGUAGAGCUUGUAUUUUAUUUAGGUGUUUAAUCGCCUAUACAAUAAGUAUAAUCAUAAACAGAUGCUUGCAUUGAUAGCAUAGUUUCUUAUGUUCAAGUAUAGAAUACCCAAUGCCAACUGUAUGCAUGAUGCUAGAGGAGAUGGCAAGUACAAACCAUUGUAGCCCUUUAAAUAACCAGAUGUAGUAACUUUUUGCUUCGUAAAUGGUGUGCAAAAGGGCUUUUUAUUCUUCAGUACACAGAUAUUUUUGUAAAUAAUGAUUACCUGAAAAUAGUAUCUGUACCUUGUUGAAUGAAGUUAGUGAUGUCAACAUUUUGGAUUAAUUGUAACACUUGAAAUUGUUAUCAAUAAUAUUUUAUGUGAGAUCUGUGUAGCUGACAAGGUCGAUAACCUAUUGGUAUAACUGGCUACUAACGUUGGUCUGUAGCAUCUAUAAAUAACUGGUAAUUUGUAUGUGGUAUAUCAGUUUCCUUCACAAAAUACAUUUAGUGUGGUUUUGAUGAUGUGUACAGUGUGUGUUUCACAAUAGUUUGUAUAUUGAGUUUAUGUGUGCAUGUGCGUGUGAAUGUUAGCAAGUUGUGGUAAUGUAACUAAUGUGUGUGUGGUGUAUCUAUGUGCCAGUGUUAAAGAUGUUUUAGUGUGUUUAUCAUUAAAGUGCAUCCAUUUAAUUUGUAAAUAAACUUUGAUCUAUAAGUUUUUUCACUGCAACAUGUUGACAAUUAUAUGUUUGAGAUUUUAUCUUCUAUAAAUGCUUAUUUUAGUACAUUUUUCAGUAUCAUUAAAAAAAUUGGUUU